CAUGACAUAUCUCUAGCGCAAUACCAAACUUUCAAGCAAAGAAUUAGCUGUUAACUCCAGUUUUUCUGUAUUCGUUUUUGUUCAAUUUCCUCGAUGGCGGCUACUGCUACAUCUCAAGAAGAUGUUAAAGUGGUGCUUAUCGAUACUCAGUACGUUGAAACUGACCCCGUCAGCUUCAAGUCUGUAGUUCAAAGGCUUACAGGCAAGGAUUCUUGCGUUGCAUGGAUAGAGGAGAGCUCGUUUUCCGGUGGAAAGACCGAAACAAGGGUUGCCCUAAAAGGUGCAGCGCCUGAGAGAUCAUGCGGCCCUCUCGGAGGCGGCUUUGGUGGUGGUGUUUCGAUGUUAACUAAGGGUUUAUCCUUCAAGGACUUGGAUAGAAUGAUCUUGGAGGCGCCGCCUGUGGACGAGUUGAACUGGUUGUGGGCUAACUAGCUAGAAUUAAUCUGCAUUAUUUUCAGAUGUGUAUGUAUAUAUAUAUAUAUUCAUUUUUCUUUUUUA